ACUGCAUAGUUCAUGCACGAGCAUAACACAGGUAGCCAAGGCAUAUGUAAUCAUGUCGUAUAUAAGUGAAGCAAGAGACAACCCCAACAGCGCCACUUGACUCAUCCAUUUCCGAGUCCUAGUCAAUGAAACAUCCAUUGCUGAGUUAGCGCCUGCCCCACCAUGGCUCGUAGCCACGCGGUCUUUUGCUUGCAGCGACGAUUUGUAUUAAUAUGUUUGCUCGCAGACAGGGCUUGACAACCUCUCACUAAAAUUAUCUUCUUUUUGAUCCUGUCCAAGUGAGAAGCGUUAUGUCAGUCGAAAUUAUUCUCUUGGUGGCCGCUAGUGCUUUAGUGGUUGGCCACCUUGUUUACAGAAAUGCCCUCCCAAAGCCACUACCUGGUAUCCCGCACAAAAAGGUGUCCGCAGAAAGAUUGAUGGGUGACAUACCUGACAUGCUCGCAGAUGUAUCGCGGCGGAAGAACAUUAAUCUUUGGUGGCGUGACCACAGCGCAUCUUUCAAUUCGCCUAUAUGUCAAGUUUUUCUCGGCGGCCCAUUCUCUAAACCCACUGUCCUUCUUGCAGAUUAUCAUGAGGCUCGCGAUAUUGAGACCCGCCGAACGCACGAAUUUGACCGCAGCUCACGAACCAGGGACGUGUUUGGGCCCCUCGCACCAAGUUUUCAGUUUGUGCUUCCGUCGGGCUCCGAAUGGAAGGCUCACCGAGCUCUUGUUCAGGACGUGGUGUCACGACAAUUCUUGGAAGCCGUCGUUGCUCCCACGUUGUACCAAUCCGUGACCCGCCUAAUCAGCCUCUGGGAUAAAAAGAUUGCACUGUCUGGCGGACGGCCAUUCACAGCGAUCGAUGACAUGUUUAACGUCACCUUUGAUGCUGUCUUAAGCUUUACCUUUGGAUCCGAGUUUCCACACAGUGCGAUGGAGCCCCAGGUUAAAUUGAUGGACGAGUACCGAGCUAUUGACAGAGACAACUGCAUUGCUACUGAACAGCCGAUAGAUUUUCCAGUCGCAAGGCUUCAUGAAGAAUUAGAGGCUAUGCAAACUCUCGUCGGUUUUGCUGAAGGUGCCAUAAACGCAGGAUCGCAAAAUUUGUACUGGUUCUUCCAGACACGCUCGGCAAAGUUUAGCGCAGCGAAGAAGAGCAAAGAUACAUGCAUUAGGGCGGCCGUACGCAGGGCCUCUCAAAAGCGGUUAGAACAUUUGAAGUCGGAAGUAGCCAGUGACAGAUCUUGGAUUCAUAGCUCGGUUGAUUAUUUGAUUGAUCGGGAAUGCAAGCUUGCCGAGAAAGAGGGUCGAAAAGUCGACGUAUUUUCAAGCAGGAUUGCCGACGAGCUAUACGGAAUGGUCGUUGCCGGUCACGACUCAACGAGCAGCACAAUGUGCUGGGCAGUCAAGUACUUGGCAGAUAACCAAGCUGUACAGCAGCGUCUGCGCGAUGACAUGCGAUAUGGCUACCGGAAGGCACUCUUAGAGGGCCGUGCGCCCACCGUUACGGAAAUAUUGAGUACUAACAUGCCGUAUACCGACGCUUUUAUGGAAGAGGUUCUACGCCAUAGUACCAUAGUCCCGUUUGGAGCCCGACAAGCCACUCAAGAUACAAUAAUCCUCGGCAGAAAGAUUCCUAAAGGAACUGUGGUACUCUAUCUCAAGAACGGCCCUGGGAUUUUAUCCGACGGGUACACUUUUGAUACUAGCAUCGAAAGUGAGACGUCGAGGCUAGACAGGAGUCGUAUUCCUGGCUCUGCAGAUAUCCCUUUGGAGAUAUUCAGCCCAGAUAGAUGGAUUAAACGGGACGCUGGAGGAAAUAUCACGUAUAAUCCGAAUGCGGCGCCGGUGCAUGCCUUCGGGUUUGGCCCAAGGAGCUGCUUUGGGAGAAAGCUUGCAUACCUUGAGUUUAGACUCCUGCUGACGAUUAUAGUUUGGAACUUUGAGCUGGGGCAAUGUGCGACAGAGUUAUCGGGGUAUGAUGGACGGUACAAGACAUUUUUGAUGCCUUGGAAAUGCUAUGUUCGACCAAAGAGGGUCACCAGCUGAGCAGAUUAUCUUUAGACUUUGCCUGGUCGUCGUUUCAGCGAUCCAAAAAAGAAGAAGGCGAUUACAAUCAAUUUAUAAUUUUCCUGUAUAAAGGAAAUUACAUUGACGUGGGCCACAUCACUACAUAAUAGCGCAGCCGCUCGACUAAACAAAUCAAAUCGGGGGUUCAGAUUUGAGUGUUUGAC